AUGCCAGAGCCAGCUCCUCCUUCCACGGCCCAAUCUGCAAAAGACCGUCUCGCCCAAGUCUCCGCCCACGUCUCUCCUCCCGCCGCAAACACGCCCAAGAAGCGUCGACGCCGCACUUCCAACCAGUCAGACCUUCCAGCCGACUACUCCGAUAUCCUGAAUCAACUAGAAAAGCUCCGCACCAUAGCCGCGACUCCAGAUCCCAAGAACAGAGGUUAUGUACGCCAAAAACAAGCCGGCAAGCUGUGGGUCCGCGAACGCGUAGACCAGCUCCUCGACGCCGGUACUUUCAGAGAAGUCGGCAGCGUGAGCGGCACAGUCACUUGGAAGCAUUUGGGCGGAACGAAAGAAGAGCCAAUUGACUACGUACCCUCGAACAACGUGCAAGGCUUCGGCAAGCUCGGCGGCCGCAACAUCGUCUUCACGGCCGAUGACUUCACUAUCCGCGCCGGCCACGCAGAUGGCGCGCUUGCGGAGAAGACAAUGUAUAUGGAGAAGCUGUCGUAUACGAUGAAGCUGCCGAUCGUGAAGUUGGUGGAUGGGUCGAGUGGCGGCGGCAGUGUGAGCACGAUCAAGAAGGAAGGGUUCUCGUACAUCCCGCCCAUGUCGACCUUUCCGUGGGUUGUCAAGCAGCUGAAUGCUGGAAUUCCGAAUUUGGGAGCUGUCGUGGGUCCAGCGAUUGGGUUGGGAGCUGCGAGAGUCACGGUGUGCCAUUUCUCGGUCAUGGCUGCUGAUGUGGGAAGUUUGUUCAAUGCGGGACCGCAGGUCGUUGCGGGCGCGACAUUCGAAGAAGGCCUCUCCUUCACCGACCUCGGCGGCCCAGCCGUGCACUGCACAAACGGCACCAUCGACAACCUCGCCGCCGAUGAAUCCGAAUGCUUCUCCCAGCUCCGCACAGUCCUCAGCUACCUCCCCAGCUCUGGCGACUCGCUGCCACCUGUAACACCUAGCUCCGACCCCGUUGACCGCACCUCCCCUGAGCUCCGAUCCAUCAUCCCCCGCAAGCCCGAACGCAUGUACGACCCCCGCAAGGUCAUCACCACCGUCGUCGACGCCGGCUCCUUCUUCGAGAUCGGCGCGCUCUGGGGCACCACAGCCAUUACGGGGCUCGCGCGGCUCGGCGGCCGGCCUGUCGGCAUCAUCAGCCUGAACUGCGAGAUCAACGCCGGAGCACUAGACGCGUUCGGCAGCCAGAAACUGACGCGGCACCUAAAGUUCCUGGAUAUCUUCAACAUCCCACUGCUGCAGUUUGUCGAUGUGCCCGGGUAUGCGAUCGGCACGGUUGCGGAACGCACGGCGACCAUGCGGCAUGGUGUUAAUCUCGCUGUCGCGUAUUUCAGUACGACGAUGCCUGUGUUUAGUGUUGUGACGAGGAGGGUGUACGGUGUGGCUGGGGGCAUUAUGCUGGACUGCCGGGAGCCGAGAUGCCGUAUCGCGUGGCCGUCCGGCAACUGGGGGUCUCUGCCUCUGAAAGGAGGCGUCGAGGUGGGUCAUGCGCAUGAGCUGAGUCAGAUCAGGAAGGAGAAGGGAGAGGAGGCGCGGAAGGAGAGGUUAAGGCAGCUGAAUGAGGAGUAUGAGCGCUUGAUGAAUCCGGUGAGAACGGCGAAUGCGUUCGGGGUAGAGCAGAUAGUAGACCCGGCGCAUACUAGAGGGAUCGUGGCGGAGUGGGUUAGACAUGUUUAUGAGGUGCUGCUGCCAGUCAGGGUGAUGGAGCGGGUGAGUGGGAAGUUACAGCCGAGCUUUGCGUGA